AUGUUCCCACCAAACCUCUCCCCCCUUUUCUUGGUCCUUAUGCUACCGGUCCUCGUCUCCGCUGGCACCUACGAAUACAAAACCACCCUCGUUGUCUCCGCCAUCCCCGAAGACCAGCGCAACGACUGGUGCAACCAGCACACGCAAACCUGCACAUCCAUCUGCAACAAAGGCGACUGGAAAGGCGACGACAUGAAGAAGGUGAUUGACAACGGCGGGGUCAAGAUCAACGUGUGCCAGUACACGGACCUGAAAUACCUGUGCGUGUGCAACAACAACCGGAAACCCAUCAUGAAGACGUGGCACUAUACUGUUCCGGGCUUGAUGUGCGAGAAGGCCUACCAGCACUGCCACAAGACGCUCGAGGGCGAUAAGGCCGCGCAGGACCUAUGCAAUGAAAAGAUUCGUAGGCAGUGUGGCUCGAAAGUCACGAUUGAUCAGUAUACGGAUAACAUGAGGAAGUAUGAGUUUUUUAGCGCGUUUGGGGAGGCGGUAUUUGGGCCGGCGCAUGGGGGGAAGAAGAAGGAGAAGGUGAAUAAGGUGAAGAGGACGGGUGGUAUAAGUGAGGAUGAGGAGGAGGAGAAGGUGGGGGGCAGGGCGUGGGAGGCUUGA